AAUUCAUUCCAUUCCAUCAAAAUGCUUAACUUCAAAUUCGACGUGUUUUUGUGUUUCCUUCAAAUCUGACCCUAAUUUCUCGUUCCUUGGGAGAUCCAAAUUUCAUCGUGUUCGCGCGAGUCUCUCAGAUGGCUGCGAAUUCUGAGAAUUUCUCAUCUGUAUCGUCUCUGUCUACUUCACGGGUUCACAGGGACACUGAUUUUGUCCAGGUUGCAGUGUGUUCUCUUUGCCAAAAGGCCCUAUCACCUGAUAAUGAGAUUACAAGUGAUCUUUCAACCAGUGGCGUAUGUGGUGAUUGUAAAUUUUUAUUACUUGAAGACUUUGGGAAUCAUACUGUUUCUCAAAGCUCUCAAAGGAGGCUUAGAGGAAGAUUCAGGCACAACAGUUCUGAAUCAGUUGAGAAUAUGUUAUCACAACAGCUCCCCUAUAUGGUUAAUACUAUGGGGCAAAACCAAUCCACUGCAUCUGCAGAGGAUGAUCAACUUGUAGAUGGUGACUCCCCUGCUUGGUCAUUGCAGUAUUCUAGUACACAUACUACCCCUGGUGGGUCUAGAAGCUGGGGGCAGGUUCUAUCUGAUACCGACAGUGAUGGUUUUGAUAAUUGGAGCUCUCUUUAUGGUGAAAAUGAAUCAAGUGCGAGUCUUAGACGGUAUAGGGUUCCCCAUGGCGAGACUGAUUCUUUCUCGUUCAGUGCUUAUGGAGGUGACUCAGAUAUCUCUAUGGAUAGACACAGUUUUGUAGGCACGGGAAUGUUUAAUUUACUAGAUGUGGGAGAUGAGUUUGAUAGUGACACUGACAUAGAUCCAAUGCAUGCUGGCCUCAGCCAAUGGAACUCUGAUAUGGAAGACAAUGAGGAAGAAGAGGAUGAAGACGGAGAAGAGGAGGAGGAGGAGGAUGAAGAGGAGGAAAUGGAACUAGCUGAGGAUGAGGAAGCUGUAGCCACUGCUCGCCUUCAAAUUGUUUUCACCUCAAAUUGGGAUUAUCUCAUGGGGCAAACUUUGGAGGAUGCUGAUUUACCUCAUGGAGCAAACUCGGGGGAUUAUCUUGAUGCUAGACGCUUUGAAGACCUGCUUGAGCAUCUUGCUGAAAAUGACAGCUCAAGACGAGGAGCACCUCCUGCUGCUGUGUCUUUUGUGAAUAAUCUGCCCCGUGUAGUCAUUGGCAAGGAACAUGAGAAGCAUGGCGAGCUAGUUUGUGCCAUUUGCAAGGAUGUCUUGGCCCCUGGCACUGAAGUCAAUCAGCUUCCCUGCUCUCACCUAUAUCACGCAUCUUGCAUUUUGCCAUGGUUGAGGGCAAGAAAUUCAUGCCCUCUUUGUCGUUAUGAGCUUCCAACUGAUGAUAAGGAUUAUGAAGAAGGAAAGCAGAAUAUUGGUAGUAUAGAUAUGAUUCAUGAGAGGCAGCAAUUAGAUAUGAUGGAUGAUAGUUCCUCCGAUGGAGCUGAAGUGAGUGAAGAGGAUGGUACUAGUCAAGGUGGAAUACAGCAUAGGGGAGUUGUGAGCUUGGGUUCUACCAUGAAUUCUUCUGCAGCAAGAGGUGGUAGAGGAAGAUGGUUUUAUCUUGCUGCAGCUCCAAUUGUUAGUCUAGUGGGCAUCGUUCUUGUCUUGUGGUUAGGUAACAAUUCACAGAUUGAAGGGAGUGGACAUCUGGGUGGUCGCAACUUGUCUGGGCAAAAUCAGCAUGUGGUAUUUGCCUCCCCAAACCAAAGGGAGAGUAGAAACAGAAGAUGGUGGUGUCCAUUCUAAGUAUAAGUACUUCUCCAAUUGUUCAUCAAUAAUGCCUAAUGAUGGCCACUUGUGAUGAAAUUUUUAGCUGACUUAGUAUUCAUGGCGUGCUUUUUGUUCUCACUAAUUUCAGAAGUCAUGUAAAUAUUAAGUUUGUAAUACCUUAUAGCAUGGUCUUUUUUCUUGUUCUUGUUUUCUUUUUUCCUGGUUUGUGUGCUUCGAGGACCCAAUGCCUGAA